GGGGCGGUGUUCAGGGACGUAGCAGCCUUUUUUCCUUGGGAAAAGCUGGAAUAAGGAAUGAAGGAGGGGAGGGGGGGGUCGUAUUCAGCCCCCAGUUUUCAGGAGCAGAAAGCCUCAGAGUGAGUGUCAGCUGGCUGAGCGGCAGGACGUGGCUUUGCUGGUCUGCAGGAGGACACCGAGGGGGGAGACAUGUUCGACAACUCCCACUACCCCUUCAACUGCUUCAACUACGAUGGAGACGGAUACCCUUCCUCCAGCACCGAUGAGGAGAAGAAGAUCUGCCGACCCGCCUACAGUUACAUCGCUCUGAUCGCCAUGGCCAUCCAGCAGAGCCCCGAGCAGCGGGUCACGCUGUCGGGCAUCUACGAGUUCAUCAUGAAGAGGUUCCCCUACUACCGCUCCAACCAGAGAGCCUGGCAGAACUCCAUCAGACACAACCUGUCUCUCAACAGCUGCUUCAUCAAGGUUCCUCGGACGGAGGGCAACGACAAGGGAAAAGGAAAUUACUGGACGUUUGCCACCGGCUGUGAAUCCAUGCUCGACCUCUUUGAAAAUGGCAACUUCCGCCGCCGCAGACGUCGGCGAAACGUGAAGAUAAGCCUCCACGACCCGGGAGAAAAGUCCUUCCACCCCGUAGAGAGCCACAGCCACCAGCACAUGGCCCCCGCCCGCCGCCCCGACCCCAACUCCGCCCUCUGCCCGCUGACCCCUGAGAGGUCAAGGCCGAGCGCCCAACAAAACCGCCUCCUUCUGAACCCCGCCCAGCAGGGAAAACCCGAGUCAGAGAUUAAAUUCAGCAUUGACUACAUCCUGUCCACGCCGGAUCCGCCCCUGACGGGCCUCAGGCCCUCUCACGGCCCCCUACACGUGGUUCCCACCGGGCCACCUGUCCACGUUCUGGAGCCCCAACACCUCAACCUCCACUUCUGGACUCUCUGAGAAGGAAUCUAACCGGGAACUCUGAGGACAGCCAAAGAGAGAACUCCAGCGGAGGAAUUGUAGCUGGAAAAGAGGAAAAGGAUGGAAAGAAAGGGAUCGAAAAGAGAAGCAGAAAAGCUGCAUCCGUUGAUGUUUACAUUCUGUUUGUGGAAAGUCUAGUGCUGGCAGUUCUCUCCAUAUGUAUUCAUGCACUCAGCCGUGAUGGACAGUUUAAUUUAUGUCUUUUCCGUAAUUUAAGGUCAGAUAAAGAAAAGCAGAUCCUUCUGGAAAUGACUGCUUUUUCUUCCAAACAAGCUUUAAAUUGUAUUUAUCAGUGUUCACCUUAUUUUUCUGGAACAAAUUCAAAAUAUAAACAAUUGUUGAAGUGAAUUUCUAACAUGUCUUUUGUAAAAAUGGAGCUGGAACUGAAUCGGUAG